CGAGAUGUAAACAGGUGUUCGGCAGUUGUUAGGGUCGCCUGGUUACCGGGCCUGUGGCAGGGAGGAUGGGCCGCGGGCCACGGAUACACCGCCCCUGACCCCUCCCUCCCCGGGGGACACACGUCUACCUGACUGCGUUGACGUUGACGUGUCCUUCACCGGACGGCGGCGGCUGACAGCGAGCAUGUACCGGUAUGUGAGGUGGAGAACAUGGCUGAAACUUCAGUGAUAGAAAACCGCUAGCAAAGCAGCAAUGAUGGGUUGAAUGUGAUUAUUAUUCUGCUCAUCUGAACUUAGUCCAAAAUGGGAAGGCUAAGCAUAUCCUGCCUACUUCCCGCUUCCUGGCACUUUAGCAUAUCGCCUGGUGGGUGCCCUCGGGCUCUCAACACCACACUGCGGCAGAUGGUGAUUAUUGGUGCUGUGGCGGGCGUCCUGUUGUUUUUGAUCUACUCUCUACUAUUGGCCAGGACAAUGUACAGUCCUUCCCAGCGAGAUCGAAAUUAUCACAGGUACCUGGCUCGUGUUACUGAUAUGGAAGCCACUGACACAAGCAACCCCAAUAUUAAUUAUGGAAUAGUGGUGGACUGUGGAAGCAGCGGAUCACGCAUAUUUGUAUACUGCUGGCCCCGACAUAAUGGCAAUCCUCAUGACCUACUGGAUAUAAAGCAAAUGAGAGACCAGAACAGAAAGACUGUGGUGAUGAAGAUCAAACCAGAAGGAUGCUGUCAUCACGAAACCACCUGCAAGGGUCAUAUAUUCAUUGACUGGUUACAAGAACAUGACUGUAUUUCAGAGCUUGCCACUACCCCGGAGAAAGCCAGCGACUACAUAUCGCCUUUGCUUAACUUUGCUGCUAGCCACAUCCCCAGGGAAAAGCACAAAGAGACUCCCCUAUAUAUUCUGUGCACAGCAGGGCUCCGGAUUCUGACUGAGAGCCAGCAGGAGGCCAUACUUGAAGAUCUACGGACCGACAUCCCUGUACGCUAUGACUUUCUUUUCUCUGACUCCCAUACUGAAGUCAUCUCAGGAAAGCAGGAAGGAGUUUACGCCUGGAUUGGCAUCAAUUUUGUUCUCGGUCGUUUUGAUCACAUAGAUGACGAAGAUGAUGCGGUGGUUGAGGUAAAUGUACCUGGCAGUGACAAAAAGGAUGCUAUAUUACGCAAGCGCACAGCUGGUAUUUUGGACAUGGGUGGAGUCUCUACUCAGAUCGCAUAUGAAGUACCUAAAAGUGUAAGCUUUGCCUCCUCUCAGCAGGAAGAGAUGGCUAAGAACCUGCUGGCAGAGUUCAACCUUGGCUGUGAUGCCCACGAGACACAACACGUGUACAGAGUUUACGUGGCCACUUUCCUAGGAUUUGGGGGCAAUGCUGCUAGACAGAGGUAUGAGGAAUACAUCUUCUCCAGCACCAUGGAAAAGAACAGACUUCUAGGGAAGAAGGUUGGGUUGACUCAAGAUGUGCCAUACCUUGACCCGUGCCUUCCGUUAGACAUCCCAGAUACAAUUAAGCAGGGGGGGCAGACCAUGUUUUUACGUGGCAGUGGUGACUUUAAUCUCUGCCGCCUCAUCAUCCAGCCUCUAAUGAACUUGUCCAAUGAGACGCAGACCACCUUAAACGGCAUCUACCAGCCACCGCUGCCCUAUCACAACAGCGAGUUCUAUGGCUUCUCAGAGUUCUACUAUUGCACAGAAGACGUACUGCGCAUGGGGGGAGAUUACCGCUCCACUCGUUUCCUGCCUGCAGCAAAGGAUUACUGUGCUACCAAGUGGUCAGUUUUGAAGGAGCGGUUUGACCGUGGCCUUUAUGCAUCACACGCUGACGUGCAUCGGUUAAAGUACCAGUGCUUUAAAUCUGCCUGGAUGUAUGAGGUUUUCCAUACAGGCUUCUCUUUCCCUUCCAAUUACAGCAACCUCAAAACUGUCUUGCAAGUGUAUGAUAAGGAGGUGCAAUGGACGCUUGGAGCUAUUUUAUACCGAACUAGAUUCUUACCUUUGAGAGACAUCCAGCAGGAGCAGUUCCGUGGCAGCCACCCUCACUGGCGAGGAGCCUCCUUUGUGUACAACCAUUACCUGUUCUUGGUCUGUUUCCUUGUAGUCCUGCUCUCCAUCGUGUUAUACCUGCUGAGGCUCCGGCGCAUCCACCACCGUAUGCAGAGGAACACCUCUUCUUCUGCCCUGUGGGUGAAGCAAGACUUACAGCCGUCUGGGCUUCCCAGCCCUAUAUAAAGUACUAGUAGCAAUAUGCUGCACAUCUUCCCAACCCUGCUGGAUUUAAAAGGCUUUACCCUCCUGUCACUCCUAAAGGGACCAGUGUGAACUGUCCAUUGGGUCUUUUUAAUGGUGAGGGUUUGGAUUCGGAAUAAGUCUGGCAUUAUGGGGGUAAACAUGGCUCUGGAAAUAGCUAUCUCCAGCAUGAUCGAAAGCAACAAAUAAAAAGCCAUGUUUUAAGUCUCAGGGUAUUUAUAUCUUGUCAAUAAUUUUGGGGUGAGGCUUGUGUUCCCCAUUACCCAUAUGGAGUCUGUGAUCAUUUUUCACCUAGAAUCUAAGCUUAGGAAAAACAAAUGGCCUCCCAGCUAAUGCACAUUUCUCCCAGCAUCAAGAGACAAUGGUCUUUGUAAGAGAAAAUAUUGUUUCAGAAAUGAUCCAGAUUCUUUCAGUAGGACAGUAACUCAGUGUCUUAUUUACGGACCGAUUUGUUAUGGGCACCCUACCAGUACAAAUGUGACGCCCAUGAUGGGAGCUGAACCAGGACUAUAUUUACUGGGUGCUAGAUCUCAUGUACGUCCAAUGCCUCCUCCCUCAACGUCAUUUGUUUCGAGAAGGUUGAUAGAAUGAUCACUGGUUGACCACAAUAAAAUGGCCGCCUUUAUGAGGUACAACAGGCAGUCUCACUAAGUUUUCACUUCUGUCCCGCUUCUUUCUGUGCACUUGUUACUUCUGUUACAGCUUUGCCUCUUUCUCUUACUGCAUUAUGACAUUGUUUGGUUCUUAGGAACAGCUGCUGCUAUCCAUAAGUGGUUGCUGAAGAGUUAAUCUGCAGGGAGUAGAGGUGGGUGAAUAGGGUAAGUGCAAGUAAUUUCUGAAGAAAUCUGCUCCCUGGAGGAAAAGGAUUGUUAAAUUCACAAAUAAAUACUUGCAGAUGCCCCCAGAAAUGGACUUGGCGUUACUCGUGUCAGUCCUCUGUUAUGUUAGAUGCCUUAAAGUCUGUUAUUAAGAAGUCUUACCACCUCUGCCAGCACUGGCACCAAUCUGCUCAGGAUCUUUUGGCACCUUGUAACUUUUGUGUACUUUAUGUAAGUCAUGGAGUCCCCUGUAAAGAGUUAAAAACACCCAUCAACAUAUGACAGUGGUUCCCAGUCUGUGACUUGUGAGGCUUUCAUGGUGCCCUGUGUCUUUAGCAAGUGGCGCCCCAGCUAUCAGCAACUACAGAUGCUAUUGUGCUUUGGUAUUGCCUUAGCAUUUACAAGUCUCCGUAAUAGAGAAAAAGCUAUAUAGAUUGCAGGUAAUAGGAUUUUAUUGAUGGUUUUUAAUAGAUUGGUGGAGUCUGAAACAAUCUGAGAAUGAUCACUCAAAUGAGUGGUAAGAGCCAUGUCAUUUGUCACAUUAUUGACUUUCACCUUUCUGAUACCUAAUAUGGCUUAAUCCUGUGUCAUGUGUGAAAGUGGGACCAAUAGCAUAUGUGAUUGGGUUGUUAUUUGCAUAUACAGAGCAAGUCCUGAGGUUUGAGCUGGUGCCAGUGGUGGAGUUGGUGUUCUGACAUGACAACAGGCCAUACUUGUGUGUGUUUAUAUAUAAAGAAGUCUAUCCCCCAUGAGAAGUCCCUUUGAGAGAGUCCUUUAUUUAUAUGUACAUUGUUCUCUGUAUAGUGGUAUACCAGAUGUUUGUAUAUAGACGUGGAAGAAAAUGAUGGAUACAUUUCUGGACGCUUCCUACUCCCACAUUUGCUCUAUGCAUUGAACUUCCCCUUUAAGUAGAUGUUUUCAGAGCAAAAACUAGUAGCUGCAUUUUGGGAUGUCUUGCUGGAUCCCAGAACGGUACAUGUCCUAUAAACAGUUUCAUAUUUUCUCUGAAUAGCCACAUUUGGGACACAAUCCAUUCGCUGAGCGUUGACGUCAGCCGCAGUCCAGCUGGAAAGACAGAUUCCAGAAAAUGUCUUACUAAUGCCAGCUUUGCUGCUGUUAUCCUCUGCCUGGGUCUGAGUGUUCCUUCUCGCUCGCCUCUUCUCUCCCUGGCCUAUUGUCUUUCGGCUGUAGUCUCCGCUUCAUCCCUAUCUUCUUACCAACGCUCCUCUUAAGUCCAAAUGGAAGUUUACAUGGGAAUGUGUUUUAUUUUUCUCUUUUGUUGUCUCACUCACCUCUGUUCAUUUGUGAAUUUUUAUUUAAAGUAAAACACAAAAAAAAAAAAAUAUGAGUUGUGUUUUGUUCUGGAGCUGUCUAGUC